GAGAACUGCCACGACUGAAGUGCCCAAAAUAAAACAAUUUAACACACUUAUUUCACAAAUUGUUACUCGGAAACAUAUAUUUGCAGAUUAAACUUGCUGUUUGUACUCAAAGUUGUGGACAAGUAAAUAUCUGCAUACUCACUUUCAGAAUCAAGAUGGAUUUUAAGCCCGAGGUGACUGGAGAAUAUCCCAAGAGUUUAAAAUCGUUAACAACAAACGCGAACCUUCCCACAGAUCUCGCCACGCAGGAUCCCGACGCGAAGGUGAAAUGCCAGAUUUGCAGUAAAACACCGUCUACCUCAUGCGAUCACGUGAAGACAUUCCAAACCAACGGGGAACAACAAAGUUGCGACCAGGCGUCUUUCUCAACUACAAAUAUACCAAACGAUAUUAAAGCCGUCCACAGCACGGAGCAAGGACCCCGUUUCACAUGUACGAUUUCCGGCUGCGAAAAAUCCUACCUGAGCAAAUACAAAGUCACAAGACACCAAAAAAUUGAGCAUUCGGAGAAUCCAGUCCGAUUUACGUGCACCGUUUGCAGGAAAGAGUUCAAAACGAUGUCACAUCUUGGGCGACACAGUUACACCCAUACAAACGAGAAGCCAUUUAAGUGUGCCACUUGUGGGAGAAGUUUCACGGGCAGGAGAACCAUGCAACGUCACAAGACGACACACUUGGAAAAAGCGAGCCGGAAGAGUUUCAAGUGCAACCUUUGUCGUAAAACUUUCAACUGGAAACAAAACUUAAAAUACCACAUCCGAGUUAAGCAUGAAAAUGAGAAGAAUUAUCUGUGCCCACAUUGCGGAAAAAAGUCGGCGAGCGUUCAAGAAUUGGAGCGUCACGUGGAAGCGAGACACUCAGAUUUUGAAAAAAUUUACUACUGCGACAAAUGCGAGUACAAAAGCCACACGAAGUAUAAUUUAGAGCAACACGUGAGAACUAAUAAACAUAUUGCGAUUCCUUCUGCGACAGGAAGUUUUGCGAAUUUAACCAAUUAACCCGUCACUACGGGAAAAUGCAUACCAUGGAACAGAAACAUUUAAGUUGUCAUUGGUCACAUGUUGGUAUCUUUUAAUUUAUGAUUAAGAUAUUUUCAAGUAAAACGUGUUUUCCUCGAAGGAUGUACUUUUUUUAUAUUAGUUCAAAACUUCUGAUUUUGAUAAUCCUUUGAACAGCAUAAUGUUUCUCGCUGAAGGAAAAACAAUUUAUUUAGCUCACGAUAUAUUAUCAGUUGAUGUACUAUUUGUUAAUUUUCAACUUUUUCAUUUGAUGACGACCUACUAUCAAACUAUGCGCGUACAUAUAUUAUCUAACUCUUAUACAUAGGUCACAAAUAUUUCAGUACAGUUUUACUUAUUGUUUCUAAGUUUCCAUACAGUUAAAUAGUUUUUAAUGUUUACGCUACAAAUUUGU